CUGAUUCAGACAGAGACAAAAGAAAACUUUGAGACUCUUUCAAAAUGCUCGGCAGGAUUUUGUGUGUGUGUGUGUUCCUCGGUGUGUUCAGUGCAGGCUCCCCGCUGAGCUGCAAAUGGAUGGAUCAUAAAUUCAGACAGUUCAGUAAAACCUCUUUGGAUCUCCUGGACACCAUGGCUCAUAACUCCACUAACAGCACUGAGGAUGCUGAAGUGAAGCACACUGUGAGCUUCCCUCAUGAGCUGUACAGCCAGGCGGACAAAGCAGCUGCGGUGGAUAAACUCAGCUUCACAGUCCAGGUUCUGAAUGAGAUGGAGACCCUGCUCAAUCAGAAUCACAGCUCUGCAUCAUGGGAGGAGAAAACUGUGGACAGCUUUCUGGGCGUUGUGAGCCGGCAGGCUGACGGCCUUCACUCCUGUAUCCGGAGCCACGGCCACAAGAAGCACAACAAGAAGCUGCACAUGAGUUUCAAGAGACUGUCACAUGUCCUCGAGCAAAUGGGUCACAGUGCUGAAGCCUGGGAGCUGAUCAGGAAGGAAAUCAAAACUCAUCUGAUGAGAGCCGACCUUCUGAUUACAUCUCUGCUCACCGCCAACUAAAUGAUCUUAUCUGCCCCAUUAAUACAUCUA